ACACUCACUUUCGCAUUUGACUUAACAACCAAACUCAACUUUACAAAUAUUCCCAACCUCGAGAUUAUCCUUCUGAAUAUAAGAAAGGUCGCAUGAAAGUCUACUUUUCAGUCAACUUCUGAUCGAUCAAAUAACUUUCCUCAUCAUCUCGACUCAACCAAGAUAUACGAUAUUUGAAUCACAAUCUUUUUCUCACUAGAUACCCACUCUAAUACAACAAAAUGGGAGGCAAACCACGCAACUUCGGGAUGAAGGAACAUCGUCCUUCACCAUUGAAACAAGAAGUCUCGCAAAGACCUAUCUCUAUGCAAUCGCCCAGCAUGGGUUUGGUGAGAGAUCCCAUGUUUUGGAAGAGGUUCUCGACGGCGGUACAUAUGUCGGAAGUGGACUUGAAGGAGUUGGAGAGUGGAUUUGCUAGUGAGAGGGUGGAGAGAAAGGAUUCUUCUGGCGGAGGUGAAGAUUGGCUGGAUCAACAGUAUAAGGAGAAACGCCGAUGUCGCUUCAUCUGUAUUGGAGUCACAAUAUUGGUGUCUAUUCUCGUGGCUGCUGCUGUGGUAGUGGUGUUGUAUUUCACGGGAAGAAUACACUUUUAAUGUUGAGGCGCCUCAAUGGAAAGGAAGGAUGAAUGAAACGAAGAAGGAAACUGACCUCUUCGGAAUUACUUUUGACGAUACGUAAUGAAAUGAUACGACAAUGAUAAUGGAAUGGCACUUUAGAUGGGAGGAAAUAGAAUUCGAUUCGACAGGUUCGACGGCAUGACAACAACGAACUCAAUGGUGCAGAUAUCUAUCGUGCGCGAACUUUUGCGAAGAAUUACCUUGUUCCUACUUCGAUUCGGAGGAACAAAUGGUGAAUGGAUGGACGGAUGAGAAGUUUGCAAUAGGCGAUGCGAUGGAAAGUAUGAGUAUGUAUGCAUGGUUAUAUUUUGAUAUGUCUAUUAUACCGGAGUCUUAGGGAAUAUGCAAUGGAUCGCAAAUUCUAUCUGUCGCUAUAAGUUCACAAUUGCUGAAUGGGUCUAUUGUCUAUAACGUCGAUGCUCGAUGUGCUUGGUUUGGAUUGAGAUGGAUUGAUGGAAGGAUGGGUAUGGAAUGGAAUGGGAUGGAUGGAUGGGGCAGGACGGGGUGGAAUGAAGAAAAGACGGUGCUAGGAUUGAUAUUUGUAUGUAUACAGAUAUUGGUGACUGGCUGGCUACUGG